CUUAGGCUCUCCGUGGCUCUGCGUGCAAUCUGGGAUCUACAGGUGUUCCCCGAGUUAUGACCAUAAUUGAGCCUGAAAUUUAUGUCACUAAGGGAGAUAUUUGUUGGGUAAAUUUUGCCCCGUUUUACGACCUUUCUUGCCACAGUUGUUAAGCGAAUCAUUGCAUGAAUAUGGUUCUUAAUCGAAUCUGGCUUCCGCCUUGACUUUGCUUGAGGGGACCACGUGACCCCUCCCCCUCCUGCCCCCCCAGACAAGGCCAACGUCAUAGAUAUGAACCAGUUUGCCAAGUGUCCAAAUUUUGAUCACGCGACCCUGGGGAUACCGCAACGGUUGUAAGUGUGAAAAACGGUCGUAAGUCACUUUUUUCAGCGCCGUUGUAACUUUGAACGGUCCCUAAAGGAAGUGUUGUAAGUCAUUUGGUUCCAUCGUGCAGAGGGCUCCGGUCACCCAGGGGUGGCUGUGCGCCCCUUUUCAAAACGGCGGCCUCUGCUCCGUUUUGUGACGACAGAGGUUGCGUUCAGGGUGAGCCUUCACCCUAAUGCCCCCCGCCACCAGCUGGGGACUGCAGACACGUGUGCGCGUUAUCCUUUCUUGGAGUGUGAUGGAGCAAUUCUGUGAUUGUGUAAUUCAGGCACAAUGGCAGGCCUUUAGCCUUUAGCCUGUAAACCCCUUGGCUGACUCCGUUGGGCUCCUCUCGUAUAAAGAGCUCUUUGUGUUGCACAAUCUUAAUUGUGACAGAAUUAAGGGUGGAAUUUCCUUGGGUUUAACCGGAUUAUUUCAACAAACUUUCCAAGAUUAUUAUUAUUAUUUUUUUGCCAGGAGCCUCUGGCUUAAAUUCAAGUAUGACACUCUUGGCUUUAGUUUACGUGGAGUUUUCUUAUAAUUUGCCAUGCUCGAUUAUGGGCUGUGCAAUAAACAGCUUAUGUUUUGGAGUUUGCUAGAUGACGUUUUUAUCCUCAGUUGAGGUCCUUCAAAGAAGUCGGACCACACGGUUUUCAAAGCCCCCCCAACCGCCUUGGUAUGUUUUAGGACUGUGAUGGCGAACGUAAUGCAUGGGUGCCACAGAGCCAUUUCUGCGGGCACGCAAGCCAUCGCUCUAGAUCGGCUCCACUGCACAUGCGUGGGCGCCUCCCGCCCGCCAGCUGAUUUUCGAGUCUCUGCCGUGCAUGCGGGAGACACACACGCACGCCCAUGCUGCCCUGCCCCCCUCGGGAGUCUCCCCUCUCGGGAGUCUUUUGGAUGCCAGGACAGAAUAAUCAAUUUUGCCGUUGGCAUCGUAGUUUCCUUGUUGCUUAUAGUCACUUUAAUCAGCGCUUUCGUCUUUCCUCACCUACCUCCAAAACCAGUGAAUAUAUUUUUUGCUUUCUGCAUCUCCUUGAGUUGUGUUUCGGCUGGCAUUCUUAUCUAUUGGUAUCGACAAGGCGACCUGGAGCCUAAAUUUAGGAACCUCAUCUACUACAUUUUGUUCUCGAUCAUCAUGCUUUGUAUAUGUGCCAACCUCUACUUCCAUGAAGUGGGGAAAUGACGAAGGUGGCAACGCGUCCAGGUGCUCGGAGGUAGCGUUUUUCAGGCCGUGCUUUCUGAACAGAGGACCAGGAGGGCUUCCCCCCAAAAACACGCCAAGGCAUCACCGGCACAGAGGUCGGAAGGAAGACCUGGAGGAUGCUUCACAGAGGUGUAUUUUAACGGCCCUUCCUUCCUUCCUGACAGUGAGGCGAAGUAGUGCAAUACGACAAGAGCAUCUGCUUUGGGGGGAUGGGGUGAGCCACAGAAUCACUAUUAGUGCACUUAAUGAACAUUCCAGUUGUACGACGCUUGUGUUUUUCAGAGUGGCGCACCCUUUUUCCCCCCUCAUUGUGAGGGGGGGAAAAAACAGGCCUUUUUUAUUAUUACACUGUACAAAAAAACCCGCAGCACUGCAAAUGUCUAUACUACAUUAUAAAUAAAAAGGCGUUUACUAUGACAGAAAA